AUGGCGGCGGACCUCUUCUUCCGCCAGUGCAACGCACUAGUGUGGAAGAACUGGAUAGUUCUCUCGAAGCAUCCAUGGCUCAACAUUUUGAGGUGCUUUGUGCUCCCGGUCGCGUAUGGCAUCUUUCUUGCGGUCGCCCAGAUUUUCUUGAACAGGCCAAACAACUAUGGCAUCGGAUCCCCUAUUCCCGUCUACAAUCUUUCACAAACAUUCGACGGGUCGUUGAGGCUGAUCUGGGCGGACGGCACGAAUGGCACGGCAGGCUUCACGACCGCGGAUGACAUCAUGGCACAUAUAACGAGGGGCUUCUCCGCGAAGCAGCUCAGAGCCGUGACGAAGGUGCCUUCGCCAGCCGACAUCCCCGCCGCGUGCCCGCAGAAUUUCAACCUCUAUUCCGAAUGCUUCGCCGCGGUAGCGUUCGACUACAUUCCGCCCAGCUGUCACACCGCGUCUGCCGUCAACUAUACUAUUCGCGGCGACGGAGGCCUUUUCCACGUCGACGUGAUACGCCAUGACGGGGACUAUGAGACCAGGAUAUUACCGUUGCAGUGGGCUGUGGAUCAGGCGAUCAUUGAGAUGAGAACUGGCUUGGUACAGCCGACGCCGAUGGAAUGGCCGUUUACUCAGAUUACUAACACUCAGCAGAGCCUUGAUAUCCGUCUGAGCUACAUCAAUGGCAUCUUGAGCUUGCUCGUCUUGGCAUUGUUUAUUUGUUACAUCGGGAUUGCAUAUCAGCUCCCAGGCUCAGUCAUGAGUGAACGGGCUCUGCAGCUGACAAGUCAUCUCAAGGCUAUGGGACUUCUUGAUUCGGCUCGCAUCAUUUCGUGGCAUGUCAGUAUAUCCUUGGUAUAUCUUCCUGCGUGGAUCAUCGUCUCGAUCAUCUGGCACUACCGCAUCUUCAGCGGAACCAGCGCAGGCCUCGUCUUCGCGAUCCAUCUCCUAUUCGGACUGUCAUUGGCCAGUUGGUCGUUCUUCGUCGGUAUGCCAUUUGGAAAGAGCCCCCAACUGGCGGCCGUUGCUUCCACUUUUUUCGCCAUCGUCUUCGCCAUCAUAGCACUGGUCAUGGGUGCGGUCGGGACAGGUGUCGCGUUCGUCUUCUCGGUCUUGUUCCCUCCUGCGUUCUAUAUUUUUGCGAUUCGCAUCAUCGGAGGAUUUGAACUUAGCCAGGUUCCAACGAAGGUUUGGGAGCAUGACCCGAAGAGCCAUAUGUUGCUUCUUCCGCUCAUUAUUGCUGCUGUUAUCAACAUCUUCCUAUGGCCUUGGCUUGCGGUGCUUUUGGAGUCUCGUCUCUAUGAUGCACCACCCCCACCUAAGCCAGAUCCAUGGUGGCACUGGUGGGGAAGGCCAUCCCCGCGUCCAGAGAAGCCGUGGUGGCGCUGGUGGGAUAGAGCAACACCAUGUGCAGACGAUGACGUUGUUGAGAUGCCUGCUGGUGUUGCAAUAUCUAUCCGAAACCUUCAAAAAACAUUCAAACCUGGGGUUUUCCACCGUUCGAGUGGUAUCGUCACAGCGAUCUCUGACCUUUCAUUUGACAUCCCCAAAUCCGGCAUAUUCGUGCUUUUGGGGUCGAAUGGCGCGGGCAAGUCGACGGCGCUGUCAAUCCUGGCGAAUCUUCUUGGCCGUACUUCGGGCUCCGUACGCUUCGAAGGCGGAGUGACACGGCCACCCCGCGGUACCGUUGGGAUUGUCCCCCAGAAGAACGUGCUUUUCCCGGAACUGACAUGCCAUCAGACGCUGCGUGUAUGGAGAGCAGUGAAGCAUUCAGGGGAAUCGCUUGCCGGCGAAGAGGAUCUCAAACAGCUGCUGCGUGAUUGCGACUUGGGAAGCAAGAUUCACUCCAAUGCGAGUACGCUGUCAGGCGGUCAGAAACGGAAAUUGCAGCUCGCUAUCGGUCUAGUCGGAGGCUCAAAGAUUGUUCUUGUGGACGAAUGCACGUCGGGGGUCGAUCCUUUAUCCCGCCGAGCCUUGUGGAGGACACUGACAUCUGUUCGCCAUGAUCGAACAAUUGUGUUCACCACCCAUUUCCUCGACGAGGCCGAUCUAUUGGCCGAUCAGAUCGCUAUUCUUGCGGCCCCUGGUCGAUUGCUUGCAGAAGGAUCACCUGUGGCUCUCAAGUCGACUCUCGGGGAGGGCUACACAAUCCAUGUGACAUUCCGCGAGGGCAUGACCGUGACGGAGAAGUCAAAUUCUCCAGCUCCUGCUGAAUUAGUCGACGACAUCCGUGCAUUGGCACCAUCGACGUACGUAUCGUCUCCGUCAGAUACCCAAAUUUCCUACCAUUUGAGGUCCAAAGACUCUGUCACGGUAGAGGGCGUGCUUCACCUACUCGAGGGGAAGCGGGAUGAAUUUGGCAUCGCGUCUUUUGACGUCCAGGGUACAACUAUUGAGGAUAUCUUUCUGGGCCUUAUGACAGAUGAACCUGUAUCCAUGGUGGAGAAGGCGGACGAUUCCGUCACUGUUGAUUCGCCCGGGAUUGAUCAGCUAACAAACGGUCGGAAGACAUCACCUCUCAGGCAAGCGCUGACAAUAUACAACAAGCGAUUCUGCAUAGCCAAAAGAAGUUGGCUGACGCCGCUCAUUCUUGUACUUGUCGCUGUCCUGGCGUCCUGUAUCCCACUGUUCUUCAUGCGCAACAGACCACAGUCGUGCACGACCGUAUUCCACACCACCCCCAAACUCCCUCUUUAUCUUCCUGAUUCUUCUUUUGCAUUGUCUACCAUCACUCCCGACAACAGUGCCAACAUUUUCGUCGCUCCGCCCAACUUACUAGCUUCCAUUGGGCCUUCCAUAAGCACCAUUGUUGGUGAAAAUGUGGCGGACAAUGCAGCCUUCGUGAACACUAUCAGCCGCGAAUUCCAGAGCGUCUUCACGGGCGGUAUCUCCAUAGAUUCACAAACUGCUCAGGCUCUCAUCGCGUGGGAGAGUUCACCGCCUGGCUCCAUUGGCCCGGUCUUGUUAAACUUGGUGGACAAUAUCUUGUACAACCGUGCUCUGAAUACUUCCGAUGGCGGCAAUUCUAGCGCUAGCAUCAUCCAAGCCAGCUAUCAGAGUUUCCCAGCUGUUGAAACGGGGACGCUUGUGGCGCUCAAGUGGAUCACUUUCUUCGGUGCAGCUAUGGCUGUAUAUCCCGCAUUCUUUUCGCUCUAUGUAUCUCGCGAGCGACAUUCAUCCGUCCAAGCGAUGCAGUUCUCGAAUGGUCUAUCCAAUCCAGUCGGACUGUGGCUAGGUCACCUUCUUUUUGAUUCCAUGUUCGUCGUGCUUUUGUCAACGAUCAUCAUAAUUGUCUUCGCUGCCGCAUCGAAUCAAUUCCAUGGCCUAGGUUUCUUCUGGUUCAACCUUGUGUUGUAUGGCAUAUCUGCAACCCUGUUCUCUUACUGUUUCUCGCUCGUUACCGCUUCUCCGUUGGCCGCUUUUGCUGCGGCUGCCGGAUACCAAGUGAUCAUCUUCAUCCUGUACCUCGCGGGAUACCUCCUAACCCUCACAUAUGCCAAGACAUCAAAGGCUGGAUGGACACUGACAGUUAUCCACUUCACGAUCGCAUUGAUUUCUCCUAUCGCUAGCAUAAUGAGAACCGCUUUCGUCUCCGUCAACAUGUUCUCACUGCUGUGCAGUGGCGGAGGAGUCAUAUCGCCAUCUGCAUAUGCAAAUAUCAAGAGAUACGGAGGUCCGAUCCUGUACCUCAUCGUCUAUUCCUUUGUGCUCUUCGCUAUCCUUGUAUGGGUCGACUCAGGUUCCAUCUUGCCUCGGAGUGUGUCAAAUCGCAAGAUACAAGAAAAGGAGCUCAAAGAGGAUGUGAUGGACGAGGCCAAGGCUGUUGCGGUCUCGGAUGAUCCACUCCGAGUACUGGGGGUCUCUAAGGCCUUUGGACGUAGCAAGAAAGUGGUUGAUGGUGUCAGUUUGGGCGUAGGUCGCGGCACCAUAUUUGCUCUCUUAGGGCCCAAUGGUGCUGGGAAGACCACUACAUUCAACAUGAUCCGUGGCGAUAUCACGCCUGACCAAGGGGACGUUCUCCUCAAUGACGUAUCCGUCGUGCACCACCCCCAAUCCGCUCGAUUAUCUCUGGGUGUAUGCCCUCAGUUCACCGCUAUUGAUUCCCAGCUUACAGUGCGAGAACACCUGAUGAUUUACGGGCGUCUGAAGGGUCUCAGGCGGGAAGAGCUGCCAAGCAAUGUCAGUAUAUUACUGCGCUCGACAGGGUUAGAGCAGUUCGCGGACCGUCUUGCAAGCAAGCUUUCUGGUGGUAACCAAAGGAAGCUGUCUCUUGCGAUCGCUCUGAUGGGCAAUCCAUCCGUCGUUCUCAUCGAUGAGUUCUCGACCGGCAUAGAUGCGAAGAUGAAGCGGGAGAUGUGGGUAACCCUGCGCCAGGUAGCUAUUGGAAAGUCCAUCGUCAUCACGACGCACUCCAUGGAAGAAGCAUCUGCCCUCGCACAGAAGGUUGGCAUCAUCUCAAAGCGCAUGCUCGCGGUCGGCACCACCGCCUCGCUCGCUGCGCGGUACGCCGCAUACGAAGUGCACAUACCGUGCCGCUCCCGCGAGGACGUUCUGCGCGCGCAGCAGCUGAUGGCGCGCAUCCCCGGCGCGCGCCUGGCCGAGGACGUCGCGACGCGCUUCGAGGUCCCGGUCGAGAGCGACCUCGGCGGGCAGGGCGGCGCAUACCUCUCGCUCUCGCAGCUCUUCCACGUGCUUUCGAACCAGGGGGACUUUGCGGAGUACACGGUGGAGAAGGCGACGCUGGAGAACGUGUUCCUGAAGGUGAUACGCGAGCACGAGGUGCAGGAGGAGGAUCCAGAGGCGCGGACGACGCGGUGGUGGAGGAGCUGGUAG